AUUGACGGAUAACCUCCAAAUCGCAGUAGUUACAGCGGUGUAACGAAAGACGUUCGCAAGUGUAUACAAGAGCCACGACUCGCGCUCGGCGCAAUUCGCGCGGUCCAUACUCGAGGCUGACAAGUCGGACAAUAAAGGAGUAAAGUGCAAAAUUUACCUUCUGUGCAGUGGCAUUGUCCAUUGUUACGAAGACGUGCGUGAGACACUGCAGAGCAGACCAGAGCUUCGACUUUCGAGUCGCGUGCUUAACGAAACGAGAAACGCGCAAUUGACCGCAAUGUCGGCGCGAGAGUUUCCUUACUUUCUGCCGUCCGAAGUGGCCCUGCACAAGAGGCCUGAGAAUUGCUGGCUCUCCUGCCUGGGCGACGUGUACGAGCUGAGCGAGUACGUAACGCGCAACUCCGAGAGCCCGAUUAGCCAGUACUUGGUCGGGCACGCGGGCAAAGACGCGAGCCACUGGUUCGACGCUCGGGGCAGAUUGAGGCGUUACGUGGAGCCGAGGACCGGUCGACGCCAGAUUCUCCUGCCAUUUGCCAGCCCGAAACCCGAACUCGGCGAUGGAAUGUCGAAGCCCCUGCAUCAGCCGGCCGCCUACGGCUGCUGCGCCCGAUACCUCGAGCCCGGCCACGUGGACGAUCAUUCGCGGCUUGAGGCGACUGAGCUGACGGGAAAGUGCUGGCUGGAGCUCGAGUGCCUUCUGAGCAGCCGGCGGUACCGGCGGGGCCGACUCACGAAAAAGCCGAGAACUUGCAGCAUAACGAACGUGCUCACGUCGCAGCGGGCAGUUAUAACGGUCUGCGAGGAAGAUAGCAUCGGUCGGAUUCAGGAGCGCGCUUCGAUUUUCAACCGGCACAUCGGCUCCUACACGUGCAAGUUCGAGGGAAAGCUUCUGCAGCCGGCUUGGUCUCUGACGGAGAACGGCAUCGCCGCGCUCGAGAGCGAUUCUUAUCUCGGCUCCGCCGGAAUCACCUACGUUCCUAAUCUCCUUUGUUACUUCAACGACGAUUUGACGGAAAUGUAGCGCUGCUGCUGGAAAAUAGAUUCGCGCUUUCUCUUUUC